CCACACCGGCUGGGCCACCGUGGGCACCGGGACCUUUGGGCGGAUGCAGCUGGUCCGGCAGAAGACGGGCAAGCAGUUCUUCGCGCUGAAGGUCAUGAGCAUCCCCGACGUCAUCCGUCUCAAGCAGGAGCAGCACGUGCACAACGAGAAGUCGGUCCUGAAGGAAGUCAGCCACCCCUUCCUGGUCAAGCUGUCCUGGACCCUCUGUGGGACCCCCGAGUACCUGGCCCCCGAAGUCAUUCAGAGCAAGGGCCACGGCUGCGCCGUCGACUGGUGGGCGCUGGGUAUCCUCGUCUUUGAGAUGCUUUCGGG